UAUAAAAGUAAACUUCUGGGGCCAUUACCCUUAAGGACCCCCUUGCUAUAAAACUAAACCUACCUAACCCCUCUACCACAAAACAUUAAAUAAGAAAGAAAGCAAGAAAAAGAACCCCCUCUCAUCAUGGCCUAUGGGAGAAGAAGCACAAGCUCCUCAAUCUCAGAUGUCUUCACUCUCAAUCCACUACCAUAUCCGGUCCUUGCGAUCCUGGCAGUGAUCUCCAUCUUUCUAGGCAUAUCUUGGUACUUCAGCUAUGAAUCGGUGGUCGAAACCGCUGAAGAGCAGACGGGAUGGAUCCUCUUAGCGGUUCCUAUCGUUCUGAUACUGCUUGUGAGGCUCCUGUCAUCCAUGGAUGAUCCGCAGAGCUUGUUCACCGGAUCACCAUGGGGCCGGCGCAGGGCAACCUACGGCCCUCCGGCCGAGGGCAGCUCGCCAUGGGGCGUGGCUGCUCUCAUCGUGCUCCUCCUUGUUUUGCUCCAGUAUCAGUCUAGCUUUCUCGAGAGCUGGUUUGUUUGAAGCUUUUGAAGAUGAUGAUGUCAAAGUCCUAAACUUGAGGUGUUUAUGUUAGUCUUUCCUUUUUCUUUUUCUUGGAUGGAGUGAUCAAGAAGUGGGGUUUCAGUAAAAUGGAUGAUACUGAUAUAGAGAGUUCUAUG